AUGGCGUUUAGAGGUACAUCUGAUAAAUUAUUUCAACCAAAUAAUGGAAAUUUUUUAGGCUUAGUUCAACUUCUUAGUAAGUACGAUGAUGUAAUGGCAGAACAUUUACGUCACAUAUCUAAAAAAUCGAAUAGAAAACAUUACUGCAGUCAUGAAAUUCAAGAUCAAUUGAUAAACUUAAUGGCUAAUAAUGUUCGUGAUACUAUUAUAGCUAAUCUUCAUGAUGCAAAAUAUUAUUCAAUUAUUACAGAUUGUACACCAGAUAUAAGUAAAUCAGAACAAAUGUCAUUCACUGUUCGUUUUGUCGAGAAAGUUGGAAAUAGCAUAAUUAUAAAAGAACAUUUCAUUGGUUUUAAAACUGCUACUGAUUCUACCGGAUUAGGUCUUUCACAGCUUAUGUUGCAAACACUCAAGGAUAACAAUAUUGAAUUUACCAACUGCAGAGGACAAGGAUAUGAUAAUGGGGCCAACAUGAAAGGAAAAAAUCAAGGAGUUCAGGCAAGAUUAUUAAAUAUAAACCCAAGAGCAUUUUAUAUUCCACGCAGUUGUCACUCUUUGAAUUUAGUUGUUGCCGAUGCUGCAUCGUCUUCUAAAGGAUCAAUUUCUUUAUUUGGAUUAAUUCAACGGGUAUAUGUAUUAUUUUCGGCUUCUGUGAACCGUUGGGAGAUUCUUAAAAGGCAUAUAUCAGGAUUUACUGUUAAGCAAGUAUGUACAACUCGUUGGGAAAGCCGCGUAAGUGCAGUUAAAGCAAUGCGUUAUGAAACAAAUAACAUAGUUAAUGCGUUAAUAGAAAUUUCUGAUUGA